UGGUGGGUUUUCCUCCUUCCACCUCUGUUGCGUAUAACACUUCCUGUUUGCCUUUGGUGUGAAGUUGUAAUGACCAAACUAAGGAAGAGAUUCAAUAAGGAUAACGUCGUGUUAAAUCACCUUAUAAAGUCGACAUGGAUGUUGUGUGUUUCUCCUUUGACUGUACCUUUAAUGUCGAUGGAAGUUCGAACUGUAGUACUACCGACCCAAAGUAUUUGAAAACAACGAAAUCAACGACAUCUACACCAACUACCCAGCCUACUCCAUUACCAACACGUCAAACAUCACACCCGGUUGUUACUUCACAGAAACCUUCGGUUGUCACUUCACAGAAACCUUCGGUUGUCACUUCACAGAAACCUUCGGUUGUAAUUACAUCAGUACCAAAACCAUCUCCUGGUAAACCAUCUUCGACGCCAUUAUCUACAGGGAGACCCCCUUCGUCACACACAUCUUCUCCGAAACCCACAGUGGCUACUACUGUGAUCAUUACAACCACUGCCAACAACAGUCGACUGCCAGAUCCUCCACUGCCUCACAAAGGGACGUCACAUCUGCCAGGUGACUCUGCUGGUGGAAAGUCAAUCUACAUACCGUGUUUGGUGGUGGGUUGUGUAGUAGUCUUCCUCUUCGUCAGUAUUGGUGUUAUACGUCGGCAUAGAAACCGCAGGCGAAGUUCGGAGGACACACAACCAUUACUUUCUGAAGCUGAAAGGGACCUUAUUCUUGAAGAUGCUUCAUUCCAAUUUAACGUACAGACGAGAUAUGUCCAACCCAUUACAGGACACGAUGACCAAAGAUUUUCAAUCGACGAUAGCAGUGUCACAGAAGACAAUGACUCAGAACGUCUUGGUCUGCAAGGUUCGAACGAUAGUGAUGAUUUGAAAACAUCACCAAGAGUUGAUGUCGAUGAAGUCAAAUUUAAUGCAAGCACUGUCCGUCAAAAACAACGAAAACAUGGUGGCAAUAACUCAGGGCUUGUUUGAAAUACUCAGACGAUUAUGUAGUACAGAAGUUGGCUCGCAAAGAGAUGGUAAUAUAAUCAGAUCAGGACUCGUGAGCUUGAUGUUUGUUUCUGAUGGGAAAUAUAGCCGAUGCUAACUACUUGAUGGAAUCGUUUUAUGGAUCUUGCUACGUUUGUCUGGGACGAAACCUGUGUACAUUUGCUAGAUAUAAUGUGUUUAUCCCAUUGCAAAUUAGAACACGUUCUCACACCAUUGAAUUGAAGUUUGUACAUUAUGUAUUUUGAUUUUCUUUUAUUAAAAAUAUUUGACUUAAUAGGUUGGUGAAGACUACGUUAUGGUCGUCAUUAUUAACUCCAAAUACUAACCAAGUGCUUCUGUUCUGUUAUUGAUGCAACUAAUUUUACAUUUGUAAGGUUUUUUUAUCAAAGAAAUAUUUAUUAAUUAAAGUAUUAUAACUGAAUGCAUGUCUUUUCGUUAAUUUACGUGAACGCAUCAAUAUCAUAUUGUUGCAUAUCGCUCCAUAUCAAAUAUCAUCCAUAGAGACAAUUUAACAAGGACACAAGACAUGAAGUCAUAUUCUUUAAGAUGAUUCAAAAUAUUUUGACUUUCUAAAUGUCAUACUAGAUGCAAUAAACAAGA